GACUUUUAAAGCGCGGGCGUCUUGCAAUUGACUUUUGGUUUUGUGUUGCACUUCAUUCUUUCUCGUCUCUGAACUUCUGAAAUCAAAACCAACGUUGAGGCAAACUUGCAGGGUUGUCGUUACUUUUUCCCGCUACCUUAAAUCGAUUGAACCUAUCACAUUAACGGAUUAUCCAAUCGACUUUCAACUAUCUCAACCCAAGCACUUGUCAGCUACAACACAACACCCCCACCAAACAACCAAAUGACAGUCACUAAGCAACCAGCGCCACCCACAAUGCCAAUCCACCUCGAGAUACCAGUCUUCUCCCCCUCCGCCGCGCUGCACGCCCAAGCCAUCGGCGCGCAGCGCAUCGAGCUCAACGCGCGCGGGAGCUACCCCGUCGGCGGCACGACGCCUGCGCUCGCGGACCUCGAGGGCGUGAAUAACUGGCUCAUGGUGCCUGUGCGGAUCAUGAUCCGGCCGCGGGGGAAGCGUCUGGACGAAGAUGUGGAUUUUGUGUACAGCCAAGACGAGGUUGAGGGGAUGGUGAGGGAUGUGGAGAGGUUUCGGGGCGUGUUGAGGAGGGAGAGGGGGGAUGGGUUUGUGUUUGGGGUUUUGGAGAGAAGGAAGAGUGAGGGAGUUGUGGUUGAUGUGGAGAGGAAUCAGAGGCUCGUUGAAGCCGCGGACGGGUUGGCGUGUUCUUUCCACCGGGCUUUUGACGAGGUUAUCCGCGAUGGGGAGGUUGUGACGAUUGAGAGGGGGGUGAGGGAUUUGGUGGGCUGCGGGUUUGAGGGGGUGUUGACGUCUGGCGGGCCGGGGAACGCGGCGGAGAAUCGGGGGCCGCUUGGGGUUGUUGUGCGGGUGGCGGCGACGACGAUCAAGGGGGGUCAAGGGAAGGGACUGGAGGUUAUCAUCGGCGGCGGGGUGAGGAAGGAGAAUGUUGCGAGCUUGGUUGAUGGGUUUGAGGGGGGUGGUGUUUGGGCGCAUUCGAGUUGUUUCACGGGCAAGUGUGAGGAGGGGGAGGUUGAUGAUGAGGAGGCGAUGGGGAUUAUGGAGAGACUUGCUGAGAGGUGAUCUCUUUUUUUGUUUAUCUUUCUUUCUGGAUUUUUGGGUAGAUUGUCCUAGGGAUUAGUGUAGAUAGCGCAGAUGGGUCAUUUGAUAUCACGUUGCAAACAUCGAAUCGGGCCAGUGAAGUUAUCACGGGCUUUUGGUUGCCA